AUGCCUGCCUUCAUUGUCAACCUCAAAGACGACGCAAGCGACGCACAAGUUGCUGAUGCAAAGAAGCUCAUCGAGAAACAGGGCGGCACUAUCAAGGAUACCUUCACGCUCAUCAAAGGAUUCUCGGCUGAAUUUCCUAAGGACCACGUUGGUACCCUCGAGGCACAUGAAGCCGUUACUUCUGUCGAAGCUGAUGGAGAAAUGAAAACACAAUAA